AACAAGAAAGUCUUCAAGGCUGAAGAAUAUAAUGACGUCAGUUGCGGAGAUUACUCAGCUUUCUGAUGGUAACUCUUCCUCUGAGGAAGAUGACCAGGAUGAAGCCAACAAUGAAGGUGGUUUUACUGCAAAUAAUGGAGGAGAUUUUUCGAACAGAGAUGAAGAUAUGGUUGACACUGGAGUAGCUAACAUUUCAGUUGGUGGACCUACACCUUCCCAUCAGGAUGAAGGAGCACGUGAUGGUGGUGAGUCUGUCCUUGUUGGUACACAGUCAGGGACCGAGGAAAAAGCUAGUGCUGACACAGAGAUGGAAGAAAUUCCAUCUCCUGUACCUUCAACCUCUGUACAGGAUAAAGGACCAAAUGAUGGUGGUGAGCCUGUCGUAGUUGGUACACAGCGAGGGACAGAUGAAAAACCAACUGCUGACACAGAGAUGGUAGAAAAUCCAUCAGGUUUACCUGCAACAUCUGGACAGGUAUAUGGUCUGCUAAUAGUCAAAUGUAGUUUUCCAUAUGUGUACUCACAUAAAGCUUAAGACGUGUAUGGUAUAUUUGUUUCAGGGAGAAGAACAGGGUGCCGGUCUUGAGAGU